UCCGCCGCCUCUCUACCGGCCCUCCGCUCCUCUCUCACCGGCCCUCCGCUCCUCUCUCUACCGGCCCUCCGCUCCUCUCUCUACCGGCCCCUGUGCGCCUCGUCCACCACUUUUGUGAACUUUCUCUCCGUGCGUGCGGUGCCGUGGGCAUCCCCGCGCCCCGAGGCUUUCUCGUGGACAACUUGCUGCAGCAGCAUGGACUGAGGCUCCGGAGUGGGGAUACUUGGGAACGAGACGCGUGUUCGUGUCGAGAAGCUGCCGCGGGUUCAGGCUCAUCAUGGAGGAGGACGACGGGCAUCUGGAGAACGGGAUCCACGCCGCCAAGGACUCGGACCGACAGCAUCGGCUCAGGCUUUGUGUUUUGAAUGAGAUUGUCAACACCGAGCGGGAUUAUGUCCGGACGCUGCUUUUCCUUCAGUCGGCGUUUUUGGACCGAAUCCGACAAACUGCAGACGACCAACAGUGUCUCUCACCCGAACAUGUCAAGAUUCUGUUUUCAAAUAUCGAGGACAUCCUGGAGUUGCACAAAGAGGUGUUGUCCACUGUGGAGAGCAGCCUUCAGCCUGAACCCCAGCCUCACCAUGCACUGGGACAUGUGUUCCUCCAGUUUAGAGACAGUUUCUCAGUAUACGGCGAGUACUGCAGCAAUCACGAGAAGGCUCUGCGGCUUCUCAUGGAGCUAAACAAGAUCGCCAACAUCAGGACCUUCCUGCUGCACUGUAUGCUACUUGGAGGGAAGAAAAGCACGGAUAUUCCCCUGGAGGGCUACCUCUUAACUCCCAUUCAGAGGAUCUGCAAGUACCCUCUGCUGCUGAAGGAGCUGCUGAAGAGGACUCCUAAGAAGCAUGCAGACUAUCCAGCGGUGGAGGAGGCUCUGCAGGCCAUGAAGGCUGUCUGCUCCAACAUCAAUGAGGCCAAGAGACAGAUGGAGAAGUUGGAGGCUCUCGAACAGCUGCAGUCCCACAUAGAGGGCUGGGAGGGAACCAACCUGACAGACAUCUGCACAGAGUUGCUGCUCCAUGGAAAUCUCCUUAAAAUCUCAGCAGGCAAUAUCCAGGAGCGCGUCUUCUUCCUCUUUGACAACCUCUUGGUUUACUGUAAAAGGAAGUCCAGGGUUUCUGGAAAGAAGUCCACCAAGAGGACCAAGUCUAUCAACGGGCCUCUCUAUGUGUUCAGAGGCCGAAUCAACACCGAGGUGAUGGAGGUGGAAAAUGUUGAAGAUGGAACAGCCGACUAUCACAGCAACAACUACACAGUGACUAAUGGCUGGAAGAUCCACAACACGGCUAAAAACAAGUGGUUUGUCUGCAUGGCCAAAAACGCAGAGGACAAGCAGAAGUGGCUGGACGCCAUCCUGAGGGAACGGGAGCAGAGAGAGAGUCUCAAGCUGGGGAUGGAGCGGGACGCCUACGUGAUGAUAGCAGAGAAGGGCGAGAAGCUCUACCACAUGAUGAUGACCAAGAGUCGCCACCUGAUUAAGGACAGGCGCAGGAAGCUCAGCAUUGUCCCCAAGUGCUUCAUGGGAAAUGAGUUUGUGUCGUGGCUGCUAGAGAGCGGGGAGAUCAGCAAACCUGACGAAGGGGUCAACCUGGGACAAGCCUUACUGGAAAACGGCAUCAUUCACCAUGUGUCGGAUAAGCACCAGUUCAAGAAUGAGCAGGUCUUGUACCGUUUCCGCUACGACGACGGCACCUACAAAGCUCGCAGUGAGAUGGAGGACAUCAUGUCGAAGGGCGUCAGGCUGUACUGCCGCCUUCACAGCCUUCACACGCCCGUCAUCAAGGACAGAGACCACCAUCUGAAGACCUUUAAGUCUGUGGUGCCUGCUAGCAAACUGGUGGACUGGCUGCUCUCACAGGGAGACUGCUCGACCCGAGAGGAUGCCGUGAUGCUGGGUGUGGGGCUCUGCAACAAUGGCUUCAUGCACCAUGUCUUGGAGAAGAGCGAGUUCAAAGACGAGUCCCAGUUCUUCCGUUUCUACGCAGACGAGGAGACCGAGGGAACCAGCACCAAGAGCAAGCAGCUCCAGAGGAACGACUUCAAACUCAUCGAGAACAUCUUGGCCAAGUCCCUGGUGAUCCACCCUGAGGAGGAGGACUACGGCUUCGAGAUCGAGGAGAAAAACAAGGCCAUUGUGGUGAAAUCGGUCACCAGAGGCUCACAUGCUGAGAUGGCCGGCCUGCAGGCGGGCAGGAAGAUCUUCACCAUCAACGAGGACCUGCUGUUCCUCAGGCCCUUCUCGGAGGUGGAGACCAUGAUCAGCCAGGCCUUCUGCAUGCGGCGCUCUUUGCGACUUCUGGUUGCCACGAAGGCCAAGGAGAUUGUGAAGAUCCCCGACCAACCAGAUCGCCUCUCCUUCAGGCUCUGUGGCUCCGCCCCUCCCCACGUCCACGCCGUCAGGAAAGGCUGGGAGGCGGCGGCGGCGGGCCUUCAGCCGGGUCAGGUUGUCCUGAAGGUCAACGGCAGCAACGUCAACCACAGCGACCACCGGGAGGUCCUGGAGCACUUCACCGCCCAGCAGCCUCACCAGGAGCCUCCACAAGCGUGCCACUGGGUGUAUCGUGCGUUUGAGGACGUGGAGGAGCUACAGAGGGAGAGAGGGAAGGACGAGAGCCCCUUCAGGCCUUAUCCAGUGGAGAACGGUUCUGACCACGAGGAGGAGAACGGCACCAACGGAGCAGACCACAGGCUGAGCGGACUGUCCCUCUCUGAUGAGCUGCCUCUGGUCAGUCUGACGGUGGACAACGUCCACCUGGAGCACGGUGUGGUCUACGAAUACGUGAGCACUGCUGGCAUCAAGUGCCACGUCCUGGAGAAGAUGGUUGAGCCCAAAGGCUGCUUCAGCCUCACUGCCAAGAUCCUUGAGGCAUUUUCAGGUGAUGACAGCCUCUUUGUUCAUAACUGCAGCCAGCUCAUCUCCCAGAGCGACCGAGUCGUUACCAUGCCGCAGUACGAGUUCAGACAGAUCUGUGACACCAAGCUGGAGAGUAUCCGACGGCGCAUCAGCAGCUAUCAGCAGUUUGCCCAGGAGCUGAGGAACAAGGUGUGGCCGUCCUUCAGGCAGGCUGGUGUUCGUCUUCACCCUCUGGGCUGCAUGGACUUCGUUCCCACUAACUGCCACGUCAACUUAAUGCAGGUCUCCUACCCCAAAAGCACUACCUCUGCUGGCAGGACUUUCAGCAUCCGCUUUGGUCGCAAAAACUCCCUGUUUGGCAUGGACCCGGACCAAUCUCAACUCAGCCCCAUGUCCCACACUCUGCACUGCAUGACCAGUAUGGGAGCUCCGUCCUGGAGCUGUUCUGGUCUGGAUGGGGAUGAGCCUGAUGGCGGUGGGAAGGUGGCCGUGGAUGGAGGCGAGGACUUGAUGGAGAAUCGCCGGAGUGUCCACGGAGAGGGAGGACUGAGCUUCCUGCUCAAACAGGAAGACAUGGAGACGCAGGACGCCUACAUUUACCUGUACAGCCGCCUGGACGUUGCUGUGAGGGAAAUGAGGCAGUAUGUUGCUCAGAUAGAUGUCCUCUUGUCAUCGAUCACAGAGCCCACACAGCUCCAAGGGGAGCCUCCGGUCUAUGAGCCCAGCCAGCCGCCUUCUCUGGCCCCUUGUGAAGACGGCUGCGAUCAGGACAAGGUGGAGCAGGGCGGCAUUAAAAGGGUGUGCUUUAAGGUGAACGAGGAGGACCAGGAGGACUCGGGUCACGACACGAUGAGCUACAGGGACUCCUACAGUGAGUGCAACAGCAACAGAGACUCGGUGUUGUCCUACACCAGCGUGCGGAGCAACAGCUCUUACCUGGGCAGCGACGAGAUGGGAUCAGGUAACGGAUCAUCUGAUGUCCUUUCCCUCCCUGUGGGGUGCACCCACUUCGGCUGCUCUAGUUCUUUCCACAUAAACAUCUUGAUGACUGACUCUUUCUGUGUUUGCUUUCAUUUCUGCCCACAGGUUGACUCCAUUAACAGCCUCCUCAAAGGGCCCGUCAUGACCAAGGCCUGCGAGGAGACCAAGCACUUUUACUCCGACCACAGCCAGCCAGAGUUUCGUCAGACUGAAGACUGGACCGUUCGUUGUCGUUACAUUAUCCACAAAAACAUCCAGGAGGACCCUUGGAACCUCCCCAGCUCUAUCAAAACCCUGGUGGAGAGCCUGCAGAGAUUUGUGGACGAUGGAAAGAACCAGCUCCUCCUGGCUCUGCUCAAGUGCACAGACACGUCUCUGCAGCUGCGACGGGAUGUGAUCUUCUGCCAGGCGGCGACGGGCGCCCUGUGCACGCUGGCCGAGCAGCUGCUGAUGGCGCUGCGCUCGCGGUUCAACAACACCGGCGAGUACCAGGAAGACAGCAAGGAGACCAGCCGCAAGUGGCUGGAGCAGAUCUCCGUCAUCGGUGUUCUGCUGCACUUCCAGUCCACGCUGGCUUCACACGUGAAAGAAGAGCGCACCAUGCUGGAGGACACCAAGGCCGCCCUGUUGGACUUGGACAAAGUCACUGUGUUCUUCAGGCAACUGGAGGACGAGUGUCUCGUCGCAAACACUCCGGUGUGUUACCAGGUGGAGGGCAGCCGGCAGGCCUUGAGGGUCACCCUUUACCUGGACAGCUGCCACUUCAAUGAGCUGCCCAGUCGGCUGCAAAACGGAGGCAGCCUCAAGCUCCACACCGUCCUCUUCACCAGGGCUCUGGAGCGUCCAGAGGGAGUGUCCCAGCAGGACUACGCUGCCGUGGAGGAGUUCCAGCAGCGCACCAACGCGGUCUCACUGGAGAAGGUCAAGGCCUACUACCGCAGACUCAGGGCUUUCUAUUUGGAGAAAUCCAAUCUCCCCACAGACUCAAACACCACAGCCAUGAAGAUAGACCAGCUGCUGCGACCCCUCAACACGCUGGACGACCUCUGCCGACUGAUGCAGUCCUACGUCAACGUGCGGCCGAGCGCCCAAGGCCACCCGUCCGGUGUCAGCGUGCUGCCUGUGUCCUCUGAGCUGUGUAACCGCCUGGGAGCCUGCCACAUCACCAUGUGUGGUACAGGCAUGCAGAGAUGCACCCUAAGUGCGACACUGGAGCAGGCGAUGAUCCUGGCCAGGAAUCACGGCCUCAUGCCGCGCUGCAUCAUGCAGACCAUGGACAUAAUGCGGAAACAGGGGGCAAGAGUUGAGCUUUCUGCUAAAAACCUCAAGGUAAUGGACCAGAUGCCUCCGUCAGCACCAAGGCUGUUCAAGCUGUGUUUGCCGCCCUCAGACGGAGAGCUCUAAAAAUACCGUCGGCUCAGAGAGGGAGAGCGGCUGCAGAAGUGGAAAAACGACGGAAGAUGAUGGAAGCGAAGAGGACGAGACUUAUCUCUUUUCCUCUGAGAGACACUGCCAGUGGAAAGACCCUCACUCCCCCCUACUGCCCCAUUUACAUAGGGAUCAUUACAACAUGGAUACCACUAGAGUCCUCAGGGCAACGCACAGGCUGAACAGGACUGCACAGACAACCAGUGUUCGUUACUGCAACCUGAGGCUCAAGACGAGUCAUAAACUGCGUUGGCUGCCUGACUCCACAAAGCUGACAUAAAUGACUUGACAACCGGUGCAAGAUGCUAACAACAUGAGCAAAAUGGGAGGGAGGCUUCGUUAGAGAUGAUGUCUACCAGGAUGAUGCUCACACCUUUUCUCUUUUAUUAAUAACUGGAUUAACCAAACUACCUGUAGUUAACCACCAUACUAAAUGCAGAUGUUAUCCGUUUUGCCUUGGACUGCAAACUCCAGAGAGCCGUCUCCUUCUCCGUUUUAGGCUGGUGUUCCCCAGGGCUCGACGCUGGGACCCCGAGCAAAGUAGAAUAUUUGAAUAUCGUCGUAUUCGUGCAUGAUGGCUGACUGAGCAGAAAGUCAAAGAGUAGACUGAGGGAUGGAAGUAGGGAAUGAGGGACAGAUGAAGAUAUGAUUGGGGGGGGAGGCUGUUUCGUCUUUAGCCCGUUGCAUGUGGUUACUGUGCAAUUACUGUAGGUUUAGUGUGAGUACUAUAUUACUGCACUAUAUGAAGGAUAGUUAUUUAUUGUGUCCAGAAGGAGCGUCUUUAUCGCUUACCUAUACUAUAUCAGGUAUCAGAGAAUCUAAAAGCAUUCCAGCCUUCGUAUUGAACAGUAUUUAAAGGACCAAUGGCAUGCCUUUUUUUUUUUUUUUUUUACAUAUAACUGCUUGUGUAUUUUUUUUAUUUAUGUAAAUGGUCUGAACUCAUAUAGCGUCUUUCUACCGUAGUGGUACUCAAAGCGCUUUACAGUGUUUCCUAUUCGCCCAUUCACACACCGGUGGCGACAGAGCUGCCGUGCGAGGUGCUGCCUGCCGUCACGGGGGGGAACUCGGGUUUGGUUUCUUGCCCGAGGACACGUCGGCUUGUGGAAGAGCCGGGGGAGGGGGGGAUCAACUGGGGAACAACCUGAUCCACCGCCUGAGCCACAGCCGCCCAAUGUGUUUGGAACAUGUCAGGAAGCGUUACAAUAAUCUUCAGGGAGUGCGAGGUGUGGGCGAAGGUAAUCAGAAUCAGGACAGAGGAAGCUAAAACAAACUAUACAAGGCUGUUUGGCGACAAGCGGCCGAGUCAGCAGGUGCUGAUGUGGAAUCACUGUAAGUUAUUAAUAUAUUAAUUCAAAUGUGCUAGUUGAAGGAUUGCCUUCUGUUAACUAAGACAUCAUUAGAUUUUUUUAAAUUGGCUUUUACGUCGUCUCGGAGCUGUUGCGUUUACUGUAGGUAUUAAAACAAGCACAAUUAUUGGUCAAUGCAGUGUUAGCGUAAAGUACUGUAAGCUGUAAACAAAGGGACUGUUUGAUGACUGAACACCGUGGCGUCAGUUCACCGGAGACUUAAAUGUUCUUGUACAUACAGACUGUAGCGACGUCGGAGGAGACGAUGGGUUUAUGUGUUGCAGCAGCAGCAGCAGCAGAGUAAUGUUUUAAAUUAAAUUGGAUUAUUUUUGUGGAGAUAAUAUAGUAUAUAAAACAUUUUGUAUUUGCGAAGAGAAGCCGCUUCUCUUCCCGGAGCGUAACCUCACUGACGACCUGUUUCUGACUGUUAAAAACGAUGUCACGCAUUUCAAACAUCUCCGUUGACACGCUGCGUUCAUCCAGGAGGCUACUUAGUCCUUUUUUUAUUUAUUUAAAAGCGGCCUGUUUCCAAACGAGCAUGCUGGAAUAGUAGUAGUAGCAUGAUCACUGCAGAUUCACACCCGUCGGUUGGCAUGUAGGACUCACGGUUAUCAUCACUUCCUGUACCGAGCAGUGUGAAGAGCAUGAACUCCCAGCGCAGCGUUAGUCGCCAUGAUUUGGUCUCGAGUGUACGUCAGCCGUUCAGAUUAACUUGGAUAAACUGAUCACACGUCUAUUUACAUUAUUCUAAUGUUUCAUUGUUGUAUAUAGUUUAUCUGCAAUUUUGUGUUGCUUUAAAAUAACUGUACAAAGGUUUUGUUUUUUUGUUUUUUUUUGAUCGAUCUUUCUAAAAUGAUUAUUGUAAAUGGAAUCUUAACAAGCUAGUAAAUAAAAAUGUUCUCAGUACGACUGGCUCCAGCAGAG